GUGAGAAUUGCUCAUUCCAAAUUGAUCCCGUAAAAGCUAAGCUCAGCUCAGCUCUGCCAUGGAUCAGAAACCAAACUCCGAUCAGGUCGUUGUCUUCGUCGACCAACCGAACAACAUCAGAACCCAACAAUCCCACCCCGCCGGCGAGCCCAAGACUACCCCGCCUCCCCAACUCCCUUCUAGAGCCCAGACCCUCCGCCGCCUCAGCUUCUCCAAGCCCAAAGCUCGCAGCGUCGAGUUCAACCUUCCGCCGCCGCCCUACCGAUCCAUCCCAGAGUCCGAAGAGCUCGAGCCCCUCAAACCUAAUUUCUCCGUCAGCGACGACGAUUACAGCAGCGAUAUCGAUGACGAAGAGCUCGAGGACGGUGAAGAAGGAACGAGAGUACAGUACAGGAAGAAGAGAAGAAAGAUCCGGGCGAGGGUUUUGGUGGAAUGGGUACUGUUUCUAAUCAUACUAACUUGCUUGGUCUGCUCUCUCACCAUAACUUCGUUCAAGCAUCAUCAAACCUGGGGCUUGGAGUCGUGGAAAUGGUGCUUGAUGGUGAUGGUGCUCUUCAGCGGCCGGCUGGUCUCCGGCUGGGUGAUGGGCUUCAUCGUCUUCCUCAUUGAGAGAAACUUCAUGCUCCGAGAAAGGGUCCUCUACUUCGUCUAUGGACUCAGGAAAAGCUUCCAGAACUGUGUCUGGCUGGGCCUAGUUCUCCUCUCUUGGACCUUCAUGUUCAACGCCAAAGUCCACAAGAAGAACAAGAUGUUGAAAAAGCUGUUUCAAGCUCUGGUGGCUGUGCUGAUCGGCGCCACCAUAUGGCUGAUCAAGAUCGUCCUCGUAAAGGUCUUAGCCUCUUCGUUCCACGUAGCCACGUACUUCGACAGGAUGAAGGAGAGCGUAUUCCACCACUACAUUCUGGAGACGCUGUCGGGGCCGCCGAUGGACGAGGUGGCGCUGGAGGAGGAGGCACGACAGCAGCGGAGCCAUCAGGCGAAUUCGAAGCUGAGGAAGGGGAAGAGCUUGUCGAAGUCGAAGAAGUUCGGGUCGAGGAGAGUGGACAUGGAGACGCUGAAGAAGCUGAGCACGGGAAGCCGUUCGUCGGCGUGGAGCGUGAAGAGGCUGGUGAAUUACGUCCGGUCGGUGGGGCUGUCUACGAUCUCCAAGACGGUGGAUGAGUUUGGCCGGACGGAGUCGGAGAUUACCAGUGAGUGGGAGGCUCGGAAUUGCGCCAAGAGGAUCUUCAAGAACGUUGCGAGGCCCGGUGCCAAGUACAUUGAAGAGGAAGACCUGAUGAGAUUCCUAACAAGGGUCGAGAUUUACACCAUCUUCCCUCUCUUUGAAGGUGCUCUUGAGACUGGACGGAUCACAAAGUCUUCCUUCCGAAAUUGGGUGGUUCGAGCUUACUUGGAGCGAAAAGCCCUGGCGCAUUCCCUAAACGACACGAAGACAGCGGUCCAGCAACUGCACAGGCUAGCGAGCGCGGUGGUGAGCGUGAUCAUAACCGUGGUGUCUCUGCUGGUGAUGGGAUUGGCGACAGUGGAAGUGAUCCUGUUCGUGAUAACGCAGCUAGUUCUGGUGGGUUUCAUGUUCCAGAACACCUGCAAGACCGUCUUCGAGUCCAUCAUCUUCGUCUUCGUCAUGCACCCCUUCGACAUCGGCGAUCGCUGCGUCGUCGACGGCGUCCAGAUGAUUGUAGAAGAGAUGAAUAUAUUGACGACUGUGUUUCUGAGAUACGACAUGGAGAAGAUUUACUAUCCCAACUCUGUUCUUCUCACGAAGCCAAUUAGCAACUUUUACAGAAGCCCAGAUAUGUGCGACACCGUUAAUUUCGCAGUCGAUGUCUCCACUUCCAUUGAAUCCAUAAAUGGUCUCAAAAAGGCCAUUCAAAUGUAUUUAGAGAGCAAGCCGAAGCACUGGAGCCCGAAGCACUCGGUGAUAGUCAAGGAGAUAGAGGACAUGAACAAGAUGAAGAUGUGUCUUUGCGUUCAACACACCAUCAACCAUCAAAACUACGGCGAAAGGAACAACAGAAUGACGGAUCUAAUCCUUGAGAUGAAGAAGAUGUUCGAGAGCCUUGGCAUCAAGUAUCAUCUUCUUCCUCAAGAAGUCCAUCUCACCCAAGUUGCUGCUGCCAACUGGAGGCUACAGCCUGCGCAAGCCUGACACUUUCGAAGAAAAUUUUCGUAGCAAAAAGUUGAAUAUCAUCGGCGGCACAAAGCAAUUAACUAACUAUGAAAAGUAAUCCGUAGUGAAGAUUGUAGCCAAAGCCGCAUAGCUUAAUAGUAUUUAAUUAGCUACGGUUUGGAAUCUCCUAGGCUACAAGACGAUUUGGCCGGCGUUGCAGUUGAAGUGGUCUUGUUUACUAAUUAAUAUGGAGGCUACCGAGAUAUAUCUUUCAUGCCUGGUCUUGCAUAAGCUAAGAGGGCAUAUAUAUUCUCUACUUCUCUAUCCUUGUAAUUUGGCCUCCAGCUAGCUAGCUUGUCAAGAAGACACUUGAAAGUUCUUGAUUUAGAGCUGGCCAGGGUUAACGGAUGGCCAAGAUGAGUAUAUAUAAUCAAACAAAAUAAUUGAAUUUGCUCGAUAUGCCCUUAUCU